AAAGAAUGACGAGUACGUGUUGACUGAUUAUUGGUCCAGUUAAGGUCGUCGGGAUUAAGAGCAACAGAGUUGUAAAAGAGAAAGGCAAAAAAAACACACACUCACUCUCAUUUCUCUUAUUUUCUUCUACUCACACCACUUUCCCUCUAUUUUAGUUGAAAUUCCCUGAAUUAUUCUUGAAUCCCAGAAACCCAUUUUUAGAAAUAAAAAAUCAUGAUUUUUUAAUAAAUUAUUUUUGAUCAUCAAAUGUAUGAUCUUAUCAUAAGAUCUGACAGAAUUUUAACUACUUUUUUUUAUAAUUCAUAAAUUUAUUAAUUAAUCAUUUAUAGUUAGUUUUUUUGAAAUUAGAGUUGGUUAAGAAAUGCUUAUGGAGAGUGUUGUAAACGGUGGUGGUGGGUUUCCAUCACAAUUACAGAGCUAUGGAGGAGGAGGAGGAGGAGGAUAUAGUAGUGAAGAUGACUUGGCUGUAUUACCAAGACAUACUAAAGUUGUUGUUACUGGUAAUAACAGAACUAAAUCAGUUCUUGUUGGUCUUCAAGGAGUUGUCAAGAAAGCUGUUGGACUUGGUGGUUGGCAUUGGCUGAUACUUACGAAUGGGAUAGAAGUAAAACUACAGAGGAAUGCCCUGAGCGUCCUUGAAGCUCCAACUGGUCUUGAGGACGACGAGGACCUUGAGUGUGAGAAUAUAUGGAAUGGGUUCGAUAUUGCAUCCGAUGACAAUCAAAAGUCCUACCGGUCGAGGCAUCGACAUAAAACUGUUGCUCAAAAGACCAUGAGCCGGACCUUUUCAUAUGAGUCGCAAUCUAAAGGAUCUGUUUCUCCUGCUCGGUGUGCAACGGUUGACCUCAGCAAACUGGAAAUGACAGCAUUGUGGAGAUAUUGGCGGCACUUCAACCUAGUUGAUGCAAUUCCAAAUCCAUCUAAAAAGGAGCUAGUGGAUGUUGUUCAAAGGCAUUUUAUGUCACAGCAAUUGGACGAGUUGCAGGUAAUUUCAGGGUUUGUUCAAGCUGCAAAGAGACUGAAGACCGUCUGUAACUAACCUCUUGAAGAAACAAGAGAGAAAGAGAGAUAUUUGGAUCAGUGCUAACGAAUCUAGGUUUAGUGCUGCUACUGAUUUAACCUUCUGCUUCCCAUUAGUAUCUAGUAAGUAAUAUCUUUAAUGCAUUGUGUAACAUAUGUGUGCGUGUUGUUUAGAGUUCUGGUAUAACGUAGUGCCGAAAUGACGAGGGCUCUUAGUAUCAGUAGUAUUAGUACUAGACUACUGGUUAUAUGUGUAGAUAUGUAGUAAUAAUCUCUGGCAAAAAGAUCUUGAAGUUGGCUUCUGUUUUGCUCUAGUAUAGUGUGAAGGUGGAGUAAGGAUUAACUUAAUCAAAUAAUCAAAUUAAGGAAUGAAUGUAUAUUUAAGUUCGGUAUCUUCUUUUCAAACUAGUAUCAUCAUUGUUCA